AUGUCUCUCUUCCGUGCCAGCUUCCCAAGCUCUGGGGACUUCACCCCUCUUUUCCGUCUCCUGGACGACUACGAUACCCACCGCUCUACUCGCAGCCAGCCCUCUGCUCCUUCGUUCUCCCCUCGCUUUGACGUCCGCGAGAGCGAGGGUGCCUACCACCUUGAUGGCGAGCUUCCUGGCAUUGCCCAAAAGGACAUCGACAUCGAGUUCUCCGACCCCCAGACUCUCGUUAUAAAGGGUCACAGUGAGCGUGACUACAACACUUCCAACCACCAAGCCCAGGUGGAGGAUGAGGACGAGGAAGGUGAGCAGACCAAAACUGAGCCCACCCACCACUUUUGGGCUAGCGAGCGCUCGGUCGGCGAGUUCCAGCGCACCUUCUCCUUCCCGGCUCGCGUUGACCAGGACAAUGUCAAGGCCAGCCUGAAGCAUGGCAUUCUAUCCGUUCAGGUGCCCAAGGCCACAGUUGCCGCCACCAAGAAGAUCACCAUUGAGUAA